ACUCAGUUCAUAAACGCGGAUAUUUUGUCAUCCUGUUGGAAGUUUUGUCAAAAUGUUUAUCGAAUGGUUUAGUGUGGUUAUUGUAUUAAAUAUAAUACCCAGCAAUUGUCUCAAAUUAGAUAUCAGCAGAGAAAAUUUUUACCAUGGCAAUAAUUUAUUUUGUGCACAACUCCAGUGUACAGAAAAUAUAAAAGAUGACACUCAGAUAUCAGCUCUUGUCAACAUGUCAGUCUAUAGGAUAAGUGAAUCUGAAGGGAAUAUUUUGUUGGCGUCUAUUGCAGAAUCAGAUUCAAAGCUUCAAGAUUACAAAUGUGCUGGAACAAGAGUACAAGGGAAAAUAUCGAAAACAUUUUCCGAAUUGAAUAUUUUUUUCACAAAUAAUUCAGACUGCAAUGGUGGCAUUUUCCUAUGUGAAAUACAUUAUGUGAACUCAACUGGGUCUAUUGAUAGAAUAGGUAAGCAGACGGGGAGUUUACAGAGAAAAUCACGCGAGUCAUUUAUAAUGAUGAAUUUGAAAGCCAAAACGUCUGACUAUGUUAAAUCAGUUGACACAAUGGCCGAUUUUCUCAAAUCUUUUGAAGACCCAGACAGACUGAAAGGUGCUGACAUGACAUUGUCAUUACAGAUGUCACAUUCUGGUGGCGACACGUUCAUCAAAGAUAAAGAUACAGAGUUACAUAACAAUUAUAAAUACAUCAAUUCUUCUUCAUUUAAGGACAUGUUGGAUGCUAAGAAAAACAAUGCAUCAAUGGAUGUAAACAAAACAAUACAAAUGAUGGAUAAUCAACUGCGUUUAAGAAUACAAAACGAAACAAACAAAUCUAUUUCGCCUUAUUUGGAUUCACUUAAAGACAAUAAUAAAACGUUGGCUCUUCUAAACGAAACUAUGCAUAUAUUUGACUCUAAGACACAGAAACAAUUAGACGGAUUAAAUCUUAGAUUUAAUGAAGUGAAUGAUCAACUGAAGAAGACACAAAACAAUCUUACUAAAAGUGCCAAAGACAUUACAGGUUUGAAUGAAACGCUGCAAGAAUUUUUACACGGAACUUAUGAGAUGAUUUGGAAACAGUGUAUCAAGACGGGAAAUUCAAACCUACCAGAACACAUUAUUGUUAAACUAAAUGAAAGUAAAAAGGCCAUGUGUGAUACCACGACAGAUGGCGGAGGUUGGAUUGUUAUACAGAGACGCGUGUUAGGUAGUGUAAAUUUCUCCAGAAACUGGGAUGACUAUAAAAAUGGCUUUGGAUCAUUACGUGGAGAUUUUUGGCUUGGAAAUGACUGGAUUUCGAACUUGACACAAUCCGGCUACAGUGAUCUGAGGUUUGACAUGAAGUAUAAAGGUAUAUCCUACUACGCCGUGUACAGUAAUGUGACGGUGGGAAAUGAAGCAGAUUUUUAUAGGAUACGUUUUUCAUUCAAGGCAGGCAACCUUGCAGAUAAGUUUACGCAUAACAAGGGAAUGAAUUUUACCACUUUUGACAGAGACAAUGAUGUAUUUCCUAGAAACUGUGCUAAGGAGUAUAAUGGUGGCUGGUGGUAUAGCAACAACUGCGGUUCUGUUAAUCUAAAUGGGAUCUGGGCAAGUAAAGUAGGUGGUAAAGCAAUUCACUGGUCUACUAUAACAGGCUUUGAAGACAGUCUGCAGUACACUGAGAUGAAAUUACGUCGACCCUAAUUUAAAUAAAUAAAUCGGAAUAUUAGGUUUAAAUGCAUGUUUUGAUAUGAAGUGAUUUGUAUCAAUGUGUUUCAAAUAGUAUAGCCUUCACCAAGAUUAUUUUCCUUAUAUUUUUUUUUGUUGUGUAUAAAAAGUAAAAAUAAAUUUGAGUGAUUUCGUAAUUUUAUAUCGACAUUUUAAGAGUCAGUUUCCUUCAAUAAAUAAUCCAUGUCGAAAUUCGACGUUACAAUGUAACAAAAUUAAAUUAUUUAUAUUAUUAUAAUGCAAUAAAUUAGCAGAAAAUAAAUGAUUUUCUUUAAAUAUAUUAUAAUGAACUACUAUUUAAAUAACUAUAAAAAAAGUGCGGGCGCUGAAAUAUGUAUUGAAUAUGCUUACUAGAAUUUAAAAAGGGAAAAAUGUGUUGGUUUAAAGAGGUCAAAGUUUCGCUCGCCAGUUAAGAUCCAUGACGAUUAAAGACUAAAGCACAAGGAAGCACGUGAAAUAAUAGCUUGUAAUAAAUGUUGGGUUAGAACACUGUUUUUACAACAGUGACACUCGAUCUGAUCAAAUAAAUCCAACAGCGACUGAGUUUGUGUAUUCAUGCCAAGAGAGAAAGUCAAUAAAAUUUAAAAUAUAAAUAUUAAAAUAAGUAGUUGUGUAAAAGUAAAUUAUUUUUUCGAAACAUAUUUAUCAUGAUGUAGGUGAAGUAGUGUUACCCUGUUUAUGUGACUUCUGAGUUUGGAAUAAUGUGUAGUCAGCACGAAGCCCUGCUGUUUUUACUUUCCCUAAUGUGAGUCAGGUACCCAUCAGAGAGACUUUGACUGACGUAUACCCGAAUGACUCGAACUCGAGACAUUCGGGUUAGAAGUCUAACUAUUCGCUCACACUGUACAAUUAGAUGUUAAGAUUUUAUCA